AGUUUGGACACCAUCUUAACGGUUGAAGUUCUUGCUUCGUUCUUGGCGAGAUGGAUGUGGUCUUAAAUAGGUAGGAAUCGUCCCGACUUCAGAUGGAUGAAAGGUCACGGGGAGAACGACAGCAAGAGUCUCGUCGAGAGCGCUCAGGAGCAGGUGAAUGAAUGAAAAGUCGAAUGCGAUCAGAGCCGUCCGGCGACUCUCUCGCAGAACGACGAUUAAUGCGUGGCAAUAAUGAGAAUUAGGUACAGAGAAGAGAAGUGUGAAGAGAAGGACAGCGACUGCAGGAGGGCGGGCGGUGCAUGGGAUGGGAGCGGGAGGGAGGCUCCAGCAUUAAGAGGGACAUGGUGGGCGUGUCGCAGUCGGAUGAAGCGAGGCGGGUAUGGUUUCAGGAGCGUAGGAGGCGCCGGGUUGACGAAUCACAGGGCACAGAGGGAGGGGUGGACCGAUGUUUCGCGCAGCGUACGUGGACUGCGACGGAGGGAGAAACAGCAACUCUGCGGGAGACUACGAUUGCUGCAGGUGAAGUCACUCUGCAACGGGCGACUGGCGAUGCGCUGCAAUUGCUCCACGAUAGAGACGCUUGGUGUUGAGCUGCGCGGUGUGGUGACUGUUGGUGGCUUUGCUGCGAGUGACUUCGAGGGCGCUCCUUCCUGCUGGACCCCGAGGCGAGACCGGACUCAGCAAGUGCUAGGCCGCGCUUGGCAGGCGGUAAGGAGACUUGUGGGCCUCAGUCAGCAAGUAGCGGCCAAUUGGUCAGAUGGGGGCGGACACGGUGGGGCGCCCCGCUUUUUUGCUGCACCGUGACUGGCCGGCCCACAGGGCACACUGCGCUAAACCGCGCUCGCCCGCGCCAUUCCAGCUCGGGAGACCAGGACCCAUGCAGCGCAGGUCGAGUGCCAAGCACGCUGCUCAGCUCCUUCAUCCGCUCUCCAGGCCGCCCAAACAGGCAAUAUCAGUCUCCAAC